UCAAAUCCAAAAACAAUAUCCCAACAAACUGAAGCAAAGCUGUGAGACACCCAGAAAUUGGUGUGGCGUGGCCUCUUUUGGAGCCCUGGAACAGAGGCCUUUUCCUGCAAAAAAGGGACAAGGUCAAGAGGAGGGUUUGGGGAGGUGGACUUUGACCCAAGACAAAAUGGCGGCUGAACAGGAGAUGCAGCCCCUUGUGAGUUCCCAGUUCCCGGCUGCAACUGAACAAAAUGUGAAGCAUGCGAUCAAGACGGAGGAGGAAGAGCAGUUUGGUGCUGUGGCUGCCGAGAGCCCUGAAGAUGAAGGAAAUAUCAGGGAAUGCCUCUCCAGAUGGCCGGAGCAGCAGGUCCAGCCGGAGCCGGGGGAGAGGCUGCUCCGGCAGUGGGAAGACCAGUGGCAGGGCUUCCUGAAGACCGUGGAGUCUCCCUCUUCGUCCGAGUGGGAGAGGCCAGGGCUGCCGGACGCGUCGGCCCCGUGGGGCGAUGCCCAGGCCUUCCUGGCCUCCUUCGAGCAAGUGGCCGAGGCCUGCUUGUGGCCCAAGGAGGAGUGGGCGGCCCGACUCCGGCCAGCCCUCCGAGGAGAAGCGGGCCAGGCCUUCGUCCGGCUGGAGGCCAGGGACCGAGAGGACUACGGCAAGGUGAAGGCGGCCCUCCUGCGCAGAGAGGCUCUGCGGAGAGAGAAGACCCGGCAGCACUUCCGGAGCUUCGGCUACCGGGAGGCCGAAGGGCCGCGAGCGGUUCACGGCCGGCUGCGGGAGCUUUGCCGCGGGUGGUUGAAGGUGGAGAAGCACACGAAGGAGCAGAUCCUGGAAGAGCUGGUCCUGGAGCAGUUCCUGGCCGUCCUUCCGCCGGAGGUCCAGACCUGGGUCAGGGGACACGGGCCCGAGACCGGCGCCCAGGCGGUGGCCCUGGCCGAGGACUUCCUGGGGAGGCCUUGCAAGUCGGAGAGGCUGGAGCAGCACGUAAGGGAAUAA